GAUGUAGCUGGAAGACAGCAGGAGUCACAGCUGAAGAGAAGGAACAACUAAAGACCGAGAAAAAAAAGGAAGUCGGAAUUUUAUCAGCUGCGAGAUGGUCUAGUCUGGGGUCGCGGUGCACCUGAAUUUUCUCUUUUUGGACGACCUUGCGCGUUCUUGCUACCACCCUCUCUCCCUUUCCCCUUCCCCUUCCCUCUCUUUUCACCACAAAAGAUCGAUCGACUUCAGUUCCAACUACACCAUGGAUGACCCUUCAAGCCCUCUAUCUUCGCCUCGCGGCUCCAUGCGCGAGUCGCCAUCGUCGCCCCUCUCGACUCUCUCAAAUACGCCCUCCCUGCCCGAUAUCUCAGUUUCUGCCGUUGACCUUUCAAGGCGCUAUCCCUCGCCCAUGUCUACGACUGCCUCGGGAGCUCAAUCCCCUAUGAGAAUAACGGCCACCAUCAGUCUUGGUCAGCCUAUAUAUGACAAUGAUUCCUCGAAGAGCGCGGAUGACGAGCAACCCCCAGCAAAAAGACGCAAGGUCUACCAGCCUAAAGAACGUACAACAGAAUACUUAAACUACAUGAACAAGGAGGACAAGGACAUGACAGAGGCAGAAAAGGCUCAGGAAAAGAGACUGAUUGCAGCCUUGCGGAAAAAGAAGAAGAUUGUCGUCAUUGCUGGCGCGGGUAUUUCCGUGUCAGCGGGUAUUCCUGAUUUUCGAUCAUCCUCAGGUCUUUUUGCGCGUGCGAAAAACCAGCAUAAUAUGAAGGGCUCAGGCAAACACCUAUUUGACGCGUCUGUCUACCGGCACGAUUCGUCGACUCAGUCUUUCCACACCAUGGUCCGAGAAAUGGAUGAAAUGUCCAAGAAGGCGAACCCUACUGCGUUUCACCGCCUGCUGGCAUCACUGGCCCAAGAAGGACGGCUGCUGCGACUCUACUCCCAGAAUAUUGACUGUCUCGACGUGAGCAUGAAACCGCUUGCUACCGAGAUCCCGUUGCCCCUCAAGGCCCCCUGGCCGGCCACCAUCCAGCUACACGGUGGAUUGCAGAACAUGGUUUGCAGCAAAUGUGGCCACUUGGAUAAAUUCAACAGGGAACUGUUUGAUGGCCCGGAGGCUCCAUUGUGCGCGGCAUGCACAGUCGACGACCAAGUUAGAACAAGGCACGCAGGAAAGCGAAGCCACGGCAUUGGGCGUCUGAGGCCUCGAUUUGUUCUCUACAACGAAUACAACCCGGACGAAGAGGCUAUUGGAAACGUUUCUAGUGCCGACUUGAAGGCUCGGCCGGAUUGUGUCAUUGUCGUUGGAACGACUCUCAAGGUUCCGGGCACGAGGAGACUGGUCAGGGAGAUGUGCCAGGUUGCGAGAGGCCGAAGAGAUGGUCUCACAAUCUGGAUCAAUACCGACGCGGAGCCCAAGGACGCGUUAUUCAAAGACUGUUGGGAUCUUGUUGUGCGCUCUCCGUGCGAUAAAGUGGCUUACAUGGCGGCUCUACCCCCGUGGGAUUGCGACAUUGGCAACGAUUAUCUUGUGUCUACAGAGCAGCAUAGCCAAAACCAGGAACGUCUCAAGAACACCAAACUUGAGGUUGCACUGCCUCUCAGCCAACCCAAUGCUGAGCAUGAUCCUGGCCUGGACGCUAUUCCCACGCCACGACCUAGCCCCAAGCUUGCGGCGAAGAAGCAGAUCAAGCUCGCCCUCGGGAGAGAACCACCACAGAACGGCAAACAAGCCAAGGCAGCGAAGCCGCGUUCACGAAAGGCGAAGGCGCCCCCCAAGCCCAAGGCGCCUCCCAAAAACGCAGUCACGGAGACGUUCAAAGCCGUCAAGAAUGUCUCCAAGGGAAAGACGGCAAAGAAGCUCGAUGAACGCCCUCAGCCAUUGUCGCUGCCGCCUCUGAAAAUAGAUCCUCUGAGAGUAGAACUUGACUUCUCCUCUGAUGCUCCAUUGAACAAUUUGAACUCUCUACCUCCCUCCACACCCGUUGGAACCUCAGAUCCGUAUAAGAGGGAGACGAUAUCUCCCAAGUCUAUUCCUCACAACAUGCGAAAUUUAAUUGAUUGCUGAGCUAAGGCUACGCAACGUUAGUUAGGUUGUAUAAAUGGCAUUGGUAAAAUGGCGUUUUCCCCAUGGGGGGAUGAAGAAAGAGCGGUUUGAAGCUAUACAGCAGGGGAUUCCGGAUUUGGGUAUAUACAUGAUUAGGCUGGGGUUAUGGCUGGGUCAAGGGGCCAAAGCAUACAAAUAAUGGUAAACUUAUGCUCAUGAUAAAGUAUCAGGCAUCUACUUGACGUAGAGGAAAGCCAAGGUUUAUGCAGAGUUGGUUUUGACAAAGCACAAUUAGGCGGGAAAAGAAGUACAGCAACAAUGACAGAUUUAAUACCAAUUAUAUUCAUUCAGAGACGGGUGGCUACACCGUCUUGGAAGCU